CAUUUUUCUUUAUAACUAUUUUUGUCCUACGUGGUCACAGCAGUGGAUAGCUAUUGUAGAACCUUGGAACAUUCAGAAGUACAUGAAGAAGCUGAUGAUAAGCGUCAGCCAUAAUCCCAUCACGUGGGGGCAUGAGCUUUCGCCCUAUCUGAACACACCAGGCCGGGUGUGGUUGGGGCCCUUACUCAACGGUCUCCAUUUACUCUGCAAAGUAACCACAGCAAGGCCUUAAGCAGCUUCCCCCUCACUUUUGGAAGAUUCAUUCAGGGAUCGUUUCCACCCAGAUGUCUGAAAUCCUAUAGCUGCGGUCAGCAAUCCCCAGAGUGGAGUGCAGUGUGGAGGCUGAGUGCUGAGAAGAGGCAGCCUGGGGCAAGGCUGGUCCACCCUCCUGGGUUCCAGGAGUGGACCAUAAACUCACCAGGAGGACUAUGAGUGAAGAGACGGUCCCCGAGGCCGCCUCCCCGCCGCCCGCGCAGGGGCGGCAGUACUUCGACCGCUUCUCUGAGGAAGACCCUGAGUACCUGCGCCUUCGCAACCGUGCGGCGGACCUGCGGCAGGACUUCAACCUGAUGGAGCAGAAGAAGCGCGUCACCAUGAUCCUGCAGAGCCCGUCUUUCAGGGAGGAGCUGGAAGGCCUCAUCCAGGAGCAGAUGAAGAAGGGGAACAACUCCUCCAACAUCUGGGCCCUGCGGCAGAUCGCGGACUUCAUGGCCAGCACCUCCCACGCAGUCUUCCCAACAUCUUCCAUGAAUUUCUCCAUGAUGACGCCCAUCAAUGACCUCCACACAGCUGACUCCUUGAACCUGGCCAAGGGCGAGCGGCUCAUGCGGUGCAAGAUCAGCAGUGUCUACCGCCUCCUGGACCUCUAUGGCUGGGCCCAGCUGAGUGACACCUACGUCACACUGAGAGUCAGCAAGGAGCAGGACCACUUCCUAAUCAGCCCGAAGGGAGUUUCUUGCAGUGAAGUCACAGCAUCCAGCCUGAUCAAGGUGAACAUCCUGGGAGAGGUGGUGGAGAAGGGCAGCAGCUGCUUCCCGGUGGACACCACAGGCUUCUGUCUGCACUCUGCCAUCUACGCUGCCAGACCCGACGUCCGCUGCAUCAUCCACCUUCACACCCCAGCCACCGCGGCGGUGUCAGCCAUGAAGUGGGGCCUCCUGCCUGUGUCCCACAACGCCCUGCUGGUGGGGGACAUGGCCUACUUCGACUUCAAUGGCGAGAUGGAGCAGGAAGCCGAUCGGAUCAACCUGCAGAAGUGCCUUGGACCCACCUGCAAGAUCCUGGUGCUAAGAAACCAUGGAGUGGUUGCUCUGGGUGACACCGUGGAGGAGGCGUUUUAUAAGGUCUUCCACCUGCAGGCUGCGUGUGAGAUCCAGGUGUCUGCUCUGUCCAGCGCGGGGGGCGUGGAGAACCUCAUCCUUCUGGAGCAGGAGAAGCACCGGCCGCAUGAGGUGGGCUCCGUGCAGUGGGCAGGGAGCACCUUUGGGCCCAUGCAGAAGAGCCGGCUGGGUGAGCACGAGUUUGAGGCCCUCAUGAGGAUGCUGGACAACCUGGGUUACAGAACAGGCUACCCCUACCGCUACCCCUUAGUGCAAGAGAAAACCAAACACAAGAGUGAGGUGGAGAUUCCAGCCACAGUCACAGCCUUCGUGUUCGAGGAGGACGGCGCCCCGGUGCCCGCCCUGCGGCAACACGCACAGAAGCAGCAGAAGGAGAAGACCCGCUGGCUCAACACGCCCAACACCUACCUGCGGGUCAACGUGGCCGACGAGGUCCAGAGGAGCAUGGGCAGCCCCCGGCCCAAGACCACGUGGAUGAAGGCUGACGAGGUGGAGAAAUCCAGCAGUGGCAUGCCCAUACGGAUCGAAAACCCAAACCAAUUUGUGCCUCUCUAUACCGACCCCCAAGAAGUGCUGGACAUGCGCAACAAGAUUCGAGAACAAAACCGGCAGGAUGUGAAGUCGGCAGGGCCUCAGUCCCAGCUCCUGGCCAGUGUCAUCGCUGAGAAGAGCCGAAGCCCGUCUACAGAGAGCCAGCUGAUGUCGCAGGGCCAGGCGGAUACCAAAGACGAGUCUGAGGAGACAGUGCCCAACCCCUUCAGCCAACUCACGGACCAGGAGCUGGAGGAGUACAAGAAAGAGGUGGAGAGGAAGAAGCUAGAACUCGAUGGAGAGAAAGAACCAGCCGUGGAGGAGCCUGGCUCACCUGGAAAGUCCGCACCUGCUUCCCCAGCUCAGAGUCCAGCCAAGUCAGAGACGAAGAGCCCCGUGGGCUCUCCCUCCAAGUCUGUGGACGAAGAGGCUCAGAAGACGGAACCAAGCAAACCCACCACAGAGCCUGAGACGACCCAGCCAGAGGGUGUGGUGGUGAACGGCAGGGAGGACGAGCCGACGGCAGAGGAAAUCCUCAGCAAAGGCCUGAGCCAGAUGACCACGCACGCCGACACGGAUGUGGACACCUCGAAGGACAAAACCGAGUCAGUCACCAGUGGCCCCAUGUCCCCGGAGGGCUCUCCUUCCAAGUCCCCAUCCAAGAAGAAGAAGAAGUUCCGAACCCCAUCCUUCCUGAAGAAGAGCAAAAAGAAGGAGAAGGUGGAGUCCUGAGGUGGGGCUCCCAUUUGCACCCCUGCUCCCUCACCUUCUCCCACCUCUGUCUCGGAAGCACGGGGCCCAGGAUCACACUCCGAGGGGAAGCUUAGAGAUUGCACGACCACCCCCCCACUUCAUUUUCCAAUCGCCCCACAGAAAUCAGGUGACUUUCCCAAGGUCACCCAGCGAGUUUGUGGCAGAGCCUGCACUAGAAUCCGGGUCUUCAGGCUCCCAGUGCUCCAGUGCUCUUUCCACUACACAACACUGCCUAGUUGGGGCCGCCUUUGCGAGAAGGCUGCCCCUGAUCUGAGCCCAAAGCAAGGGGCCAAAGGCGGCCAUGAGCUCUCACAAGUUCAGACCAAAAUCAGACAGGUCGAGGCUUCCCGGAGCCUUUUCCUUGCAGGAACCCAAUCUUCUGCCGCUGGAGCCAUGGCUAUAUUUGGAAAUCUCUCUUCUCCUUUCCAGAGGGUAACUGCCCUGCUGCUCACAGUGACCAGACAGAUGGAUCCGUCCCUCCCCCAGAAGUUAAUCUUUGUUCCCAAGGGCUGAUGGCUUAGCUUGUGCUUCCCCAUCCACUAACCCCGAGCUUUCUUCAUGGAACCCCUGGAAUGACGGCUGGAAGCCUUUGAAGAGUGGGUAGGCGUAAGGGUGAACCAGGUCAGCCGCCGAGGGCAGGAAGGGGGGAUGAUUUCAUCAGUAUAAGAAGCCAGGAACUUGACCCAUUUGAAGUGCAUCUCAGGCACUUCAAAACUAAAACCAAAUUUAGCUUAGAAAAACAUGGUCUCGUGCUCGGGGCCGAAAUUUGGGCAAAUUCCCAUUCUCUGUUGGCUUUGGGUUGUAUGAGAAGGAGCAGGGCCGUGCGGGAUACGCUCUGCCUUUCUAGCGUAACCUGAGCAAUGUGCUCUCCUGUCAGUCGCCCUCCGGUCCAGAGUCAGGGGUCCCCUGACCUCCCCUCCAACCUAGAAGCCCUGGCUCACAGACCAGAACUGACCUCGUACCCUAGGCCCCUUGACCUUGGCUCCUCUGGGUUUUGACUCAGUCCCUCUGGGUCUAGCAGGGAAAUAAGAGGUGAGCCCUUCAGGAUUAAUCCUCUUGGACCAGCCAUCAUAGGAAUGUCCCCAGCCCUGCCCCUAUCUGGCCAUCCUGGGGCCUGGAGGAGCCACAGCUGCUGUUUUAAACGCCAGCACUCCCUUUUCAUCCUCUCCGCUGGGGCACUGGUUCGUGGUCGGCUUCCAAAAAUAUAGACAAUCCACUCUCUUUAAAGCACAGUGUCUUCAAAGAAUAUUUUCCCUUUCUGUCCUGAUUAUUGUAAAUGUAUUUUUGAAAAUUGUUAAUCACAGUUUUCCAUUUUUGAGCACUUCACACACACACACACACACACACAGCACUGUGCAGGCUUCACAUCCAUUUUAUCCUUUAACCCACUCUAUAAUCCUGUGAUGUGGGUCAGAUUAUUCCCAUUUUAUGGGUCAGGAAACUGAGCCCCAUCCCAAAAAGGAUAAUUGACUUGUUCCAAUGACUUGGCUAGAAAGAUCCAGAGCCUGGAUUUGAACCCAAGCCCAUCAGAGUCCAGAGCCUUUGCUUUUAACAGCUAUGAUGAUCAGCAAACUUUAACCGCCAUGGUGGUGGUUUUAGUCCAGAGCCUGUGUCUGUGCCUGGUCUCUACUUCACUUGAAGUGAAGGUAGGAAACCCCUCAUCAAUGCAUUUAGUCCUGGUGAAUGUGGGUCAUUGGUGAAGGGGCAGUGUGGACCUCUGACACAGGAGAGGCCAGAACCUUCUGGUUGGAGCAGGAAACAACAUCCACAGUUGGGCUAUUCCUGGAGAAGGAAGGAAACUGACACAUGACUAAGGAAAACCCAGUAAGUGGUCAGUGUCCCUAAGACAAAUUCCUCUCUGCUCCCCAGGCCCCUCUCUCUGUCCCACUUUGACCAAGUCAAGUCUUGUGAUGGCCCACCCAACGGUCAGGGCACCGAUGCCUCAGAAAAGUCUGGAUAUGGGAAAUGCCUUUCAAAGCCAAUCCUUUGAUGCCUUUAAAAAAAUAGAUUGCACAUUAAUCAUUCAUCCCAAGAGUUCUCAAGCGCCCACUAAGCAUCAGGCAUUAUGCUGACAUUCAAAGAAAACAGUCAUCAGACCAGAACGAUCAACAGCAGGCAAUGUUCAGAGGAGGGCAGAGGAUGCAGCUUCUGGUGUCUUUGAGCGGUUGUAGCUCAGAGAUGACGUCGACUGACCCUUCACUUUCAGCAGGUUCUCUUUAUUCCCUUUGUGACAGGGAGGUCUCAUUUAGGUGAGUGUGCCGGAGCCUGGCAGGAGUUUGUGCCACCCCCGCCUCCAUCCAUCUCUUCUUCCCUCAGGCAUUCCAAAGCCACACAGGAGCUUGGGUCGUGGGCCGGGCCCCAGGGCAGGACACCGUCCCCUCCCGGAGGGAGUUCCUAAGUCUAGGAGGCAUGUAGACUAGUUACAAAAAGGUCCAGGGCACAGAGGUGGCAGGAAGAAGCUGCCAUUCACUUGUCUUCUGGGCCAGGGAAACCUUCCUGAAAGGAGUGAUGGUUGAUUUAGGUUUUCAAAACAAAGAGGAAUUGUCCAGGAGGACAGGAGGUUGAAAGGGACCUCAGUGAUGAAGGAAGAGCAGGUGCAAAGGCACAGGAGCGUGAAAGAAGCAGGAAACGCUGUGACCCGCCCACUGAGUAAUUCAGUGCAGUCCAGACAGACAGUGUGAUGCAGGCUGGACGUCCUUUCCCGGGUGGGCAGGGUGGAGCCUAAAGAAACGUGCAGCAGGUGUGGAGGAUCUGGACUUUGUCAUGGUUUGGAGCUGCUGGGUGCUUGUGAUCAGCGUAGAUGAUCAGCUUGCAUUUUUAAGAAACCCCUUCGGUGGUCGAGCAGAGAAUGGAGUGGAGAAGACGGCGCCAGCGGCACGGGGUCUCCGUGGAGCCUUUGGGAAACCUCAGCAUUGACUCAGGCUGGGGGCCUGCUGAACGCUGCAUCUUCCUUUACAGCAAGGAGAGUGCAUGGAAUUCAUUCCUACACACUUCUUUGCAUAAGGCCUCUCACGAGAGCCCUGCAACCGGGACAGGGAACUGGUCAAAGAGCUAACGUUUAGUGCAGUUUCUGGUUCUAUUUGCCUUGCUGGACAGUUGCCGGGAGAACGAUUGAGUCCUCUGGCCCCUGUCCUCCCCUCAUAUGUGUAGGAGGUGACACACGUGGCUCCAGGCAGGAAGCUGCAAGCUAAGGGCUGUUGGAGCUGAUGCGCUAUCCAAACAAGACCACAGGCCCUUAGGUGAGAAGAAGGGACUUUUCUUUGGCUCUAAAUAAAAGUUGGCUGGAUACUUUGGCCGGUAUCUUUCUGGAGAAAAAUGUAUACAUGGAACACCCAGAACUGUUAGAGAGUAAGAUGGGUUCUAGUAAAGCUUGGAUGUGCCACAGAAAAGGGAUGAGAAACUGUGAACAAAUGUGCUGUUUUGUGGAUGCUGGACUGCGGAGCGGAGAGAUUUCUGAGCCUGUUUCCCUGGGAAGAUGGGCAGGAGAAAUGGUUACAGAGACACAAGCUUGGCUCCAGUGACUCUGAGCACCAGUGACCGGCACCCAGCAGCAACGUGUGAGGACCAGCCAUGCAACCUGUCCUCAGACUUUGCUAAAAGUGCUGCCAAGAGGCAACCCCCUCACCCCAAGCCCAGAUCUGGGCUCCAUAAGAGCCUCCUGGCCUGCAGGUGACUCAAGUCACUGUCCCACUUCGGCCAGGUUAUAGCUGAAAAUAACCUCCCUCAACACUCUUGUAAUGAAAAUGGGGUUUCCUCUGCAGACAGGUAAUUCUUUUUAAAGGACUAGGAGGGGUUUGGAUGAGAAGCUUGGUCCAGUAAGAGCCCCACUGGAAAGUAUCACCCUUAUACGACUGACCGUGUACCCUGAGCCAUGCAUCUGGCUCCCUGUCUAGCAGUCACCCACUCCUGAAAGUCGCAAGACAGGCAUGCAGAUGUCAUUCCGCUACUGCCCUCAUCAGCGCGGGGAGAAGUGCUAGGAGGCCACUUCUCUGGUUUCUGUGGAUUUGCCAGAACCAUUUGCCCAACAGCGCAAUUCACUUCCAGAAGCCGUAAGGAUGAAGAGGAAGCCUACCCUCGAAUUCUGUGCCAUCUGUUGCACGAGUGUGGACUUUGAGGUCUAGUUCCAGGCAGGAGCAUUCUGUUUUUUGACUGCUGAACAAAUGAGAAAACACACAGCCCUUCUCCAGGGCACCACUGUGACCUGGAAGCAGCCCUCCAGGUGGCUGGCACGUUGCAGUGGCCUCUCUGAGUGCAGGAAACAGGGCUUUGUACACCUGCUCUCCCACAUGAGCCCAAGCCAGCUUUCCAAGACAAUCCCAUUCAGAGCCUGAGAAGAAAUGACAGAGGGGCUAGACCAUGCUCUCCAUCCCCGCUCCCCACACUUCACAACCAAUGACACAUCAUAUCGUCACUGCUCCACAUCUGUUCUGAAAGGGAUACUUUAAAAAGUCAGAGACCUCAACUGAUGAUAUAUGCUCAUGGAUAUUGAUCCGUGCCUGAUUCUGCUGGUGCCACAGGAUGAAAACGCUUACACAGAUCACAGUAGAGCAAUAGUCUCUAAAUGCCCUGUCUGAGCAGCCUACCCACUUGGAUGUUGGAGUACUUUUUGCCAGAACUAAGAUGCACCCGUAGAGCCUUGUCACCGACACACACACUCUUCGAUCUCCUACGGUGGGAAGCCACCUCCCCCAGACCCUGUGGGGACAUCUGGCAGUAUGCCCCUCUUGAGUGGAGAGAGCAAGCACCAUUCGUCAUUGUUAUAUAAGACAAGCUUCUCUUUUUAGGAACAAUUCGGAAGACUCUCCAGUUGGGGGUUUUCUUAAAAAUGCAGAAGUAAUGGUUUGCAUUGGUUUGUAAUUAGGAAGUACAAGGUUUUGCUAAAUGGAUAUUUGGUGCCCUUUGCCUUUGAGAUUGCCCCUCAAAAUUGGGUCAUCGCUUUGAGAAAUUGGGGUCUGAAGAUGGAGCAGUCACCACUGCUGAUAAGAGGAGAGGCUUGGGUGUCGCUGGAGUCAGAGGCUGGCUGCGGCAAAGUACCAGUAGUUCUCCCAGUGUAGACAGCCCCUGACUUUCCUCACCCACUGUUUCCAGGCAGCCGGACGAGGCCAGCUAUAAUGUGGCAAACCCGUCUCUCUAAGUAGUGUGUGGAAGACAUGUCAAGGGCUUAAGUGAGUGGUAGGCUAGUCCAGAAAAAAACCCUAAGCUCUUUUUCCCUCCAGCAAGUCAUUGUGUAUCAUUUUUAGAAGCUUUAAGACCAGAUCUUGUCUUUUAAAGUCAAUCAGAAAAAGGAAGACAGUUGGACCAAAGCCAGAGGGGCCACAUUUAAAGACAUCAAAAGCCUCAUAAAAUGGGAAUAUACAUGAGGGAACCCCAUGCCCACAUUUCACCUCCGCCCCAUGCCUCUCGGUCCUGCUUUGUGGGUGCGUGAUGGGCUCCACGGGCUGCCCUACUUUAUAUUCCUGGGCUCUGCACCCCCAAGUCCCACCUCCUUGCCCAGGAAGAGGCGGGGUGGAGAGAAGGGAUACUCUGGAGGCUGGCUCACCUGGCCGGGGGCGUGGGGGUCUACGCAGGGUGCAGUGAUCUCCGAUGCUGUGGAUGGUUUUGGUGAAAUGUCCGUGUCUGACAAUCGUCUUCCCUUGUACAUACAUGGUCUGUGUUUAGCUUUUCCUAGUACUGUGAACUUUCCCAUAGGGGUUCCAUGUAAAUACUCUUUCUGCUCCUGAAAUGCCAGCCCCCGGAUCAUGCAUUUGCCCCACAAAUGGUUUUGCCUUUCUCUAUGCUAACACUUUUGGAGCCACUGAUGUGCAGAUUGAUUAGUUUCUUGGGCUUUUAUUUUGCAAUUUUAUAUAUAUAUAUAUACACACACGCACAUAUAUAUAAUAUAUAUAUAUAUAUAUUUAUGGGUUGGUUUUGUACAGUUUUCUGUUUGAAUCUCUGAGCACCAAAGCUGCCCUUGGAUUUUCAGGAGAACUUUCCAAAGCCACUUCCUGAGUAACACCCCACCCCCCAACCCCGCUUUGGUGUCUGUGGUGCCGGGUGCUGCCUCUGCCCGUGGACUCUGUCUGUAUGUGCUGUUAUCUCCGGCAGAUAUCACCCCAGUAAAUCUACCGUGCUUGGCUUCCUGG